CCUCUCCCCCCACCCGCAACGAACCUUCAGAACUCCGAGACAGACAAUAUUCAGUUACAUUGUAGCAAGAUGGCGACUGUCAUUCACAACCCACUGAAACCGCUUGGAGAUCAGUUCUACAAAGAUGCAAUCGAACACUGCCGAAGCUACAACUCCCGCUUAUGCGCCGAGCGCAGCGUCCGCCUUCCUUUCCUGGACUCCCAGACUGGUGUGGCUCAGAAUAACUGUUACAUAUGGAUGGAAAAGAGACACAGGGGGCCAGGAAUGGCUCCAGGGCAGUUAUAUACUUACCCUGCACGAUGUUGGAGGAAAAAGCGGCGUUUACACCCCCCAGAAGAUCCGAGGUUGAGACUAUUGGAAAUAAAAUCAGAUGUUGACUUUCCUCUGAGGAAGGACAAUGUUCUGGCAGAAGGAACGACACUGGAAGCCUUGCUACGAGGUGAAGGAAUUGAGAAGAAAGAUGUUCGAGAUGAAGAAAGUCUACAAGAGAUUCAGAGAGUUUUAGAAAACGAUGAAAAUGCAGAUGACGCAAAUGGAGAGGAUGAUAUAGAAGAAGAAGUUCCAAAGCGAAAGAACAGGAGCCGGGGAAGGGCUCGUGGCGGCAGAAGGAGGAAUGAUACCUCACUUGAUGAACACGAUAAACCCUAUGUGUGUGACAAUAGUUACAAACAAAAGCAUAACUCAAAAACAGCCGACAAAGUUUGUGGGAAACGUUACAAGAACAGGCCUGGCCUCAGCUACCACUAUGCCCACACUCAUCUAGCUGAUGAAGAAGGGACAGAUUGCAGAGACCAAGAUACACGUUCCCCAAGUUCUCCCUCUGCUAUUAGAAAUGAAAACCAGAAACCUCGCAAAGGAACAGAUGGUGCUAUACUUUCCAAUAACUACUGUGAUUUCUGUCUCGGAGACUCAAGCAUUAACAAAAAAAGCGGACAACCAGAGGAGCUUGUGUCCUGUGCAGACUGUGGGCGCUCUGAUCGCUCUGUUGAUGUACACAUGGAAAGCAUACCAAACCAUCACUGACGCCCCUUCCCAACUGGUGGACAUAGAAAGAGGCAAUAAGCGCCUCCCAGACUCAUUCCUGUUUUAAAUGAAAGGAGAAAAAAAAUCUUUCCUUUCUCAAAGCGAAGCCAAUAGGAUUCUUCUCCUUCUCACCAUUUGUGAGGCCUACAAUAUUUUCUAACCCCCUUUUCAUUUUUAAGGACUGUUCAAACACUGUAUAUAAAGCACCUUAGUUAUAUAAAUUGCCUCCUCUUUCCAUAAUGUCGUUCUCUGAUAUAAUGCAUUGAAUGUACUGACUGUUGUAAUUUUCAAUUCUAUUUGUUUUAGUGUAACUGUUCUGGCUAAAUGGCAGCUCUGGUUACAUAUUUCCAUAGUCUUUACAACAAAACAUCUCUAGGUAGACAUUUUCCAUUGCAUAGUAUUGCUUCUACCAAAAAUCACUGAGAGGGUAUCAUACAUCUGGACUUGUAACGUAUAGAUGAGGCAACAGUUGGUUCUAUUGCUUAUUGGUUGCUAUACUCCAGAGUAAAAUGGCAUACCCUCUGUGUAUUCCCCUUGUCCCCUCAGUGCCAGGUAAUGGCAUCCCCCAACAAGCUCAGCUGAUGGAGCUAUGCCACAAGAUUUUUCCAACAGAUGGAGUGCCAUAGAUGGCAUACCCCUAUGCUAUCAUCUAACCUGUGCAAUACAUGUUUAGGUAUACUUUGCAUGCUGAUGUUUUUUCCAAAAAGAUUUAAGUAUUAAGGAUUUCUAAAAUUAGACUUAAAACUGAAGAUGUUUUGGGUUUCUUACCUCUAUCACAACUAAGAAAUGAAAUAAUCAUUGUCCAUGUGUAUAAAAGCCAAAGCUGGUUUUAUGAUUUCUAUUAUAAAAAAUCCCCAACUCCAAUCCCUAACAUACCAUGUAACUAACCACGCUUAGUCUAAUGUAGUUUAACAGCUUGAAAAUGUUUCUGGUAACUUCCCACAACUCCUGAAAACAAUGCUUAAAAGGAGUGUAAAUUACAUGUCUCUCCUCUGUGUUCCAUUUACUUGGAGAAUAUUAGAGCAUCGCUUGAGAAGAAAACAACAUUUUACCUACAGAUUGUUGGCCAGGCAUGUCUUUGUAUUGAAUAAUGAUAGUGAGCGUUAUUUUGCAAAGAUGCUAUCCAUAUAUUUUGUGGCUGUUUCUUCUUGGCAGAUGAUUAGCUUUUAGUAAUGACAUAUGUGUGGAACACCUGCUGUUACUGCUCUUCACCUUAUGCUAAUUGAAUGGUCUGUGAUUUUAUUUAACGUUUAUUUUAACAUUUUUGUAGUAUAUAAAGAGAUGAGCCAUAGGGAUAUAGUUUGAUUGGUUGGGCCCUUCUUUGGCCAGAGUCACUCUGUACUUUCAGCUGUACCUGAUGCUUACAAGCAUAUUAAAUAUUAUAAUAUUUGAAAAACACAGAUGUCUCUGAAUAUGUCUUAUUGAUUGACUUACAAUUGAACUACAAAGCUGUAGCAGUAUUUGGCAGGCCACAUGUUGCUAAUGCCCGAUUUAGGGGUUUUGGAUAUGAACCAAAUGGGAUUCUAUUGCUAGAUAUUGUUAAUGAUAUUACGCUGAAAUAGCCUGUAUUAAGCCAUACCUGCAGGACAGUUGGUCACGCAGGCGAAAGACCACAAUGCACUGAUUCUUUGGGACAGCUGGGCAGCCAGUGACCCGAUACCUGUGUUUAAUUAGGGAAAUGCUCAGACUGCUUUGUCUGCCCUUUCCUCUAAUCCGUUUUGGUGCAAUAAUACUAGAGUUUGAGUAUUCAAAACAAAAAAAAGUGUAUAUGUAAACUUACCUGUGUUAAGUCUUGUUGGAUUAAAAAACCUUAGCGGUGUGUUUAAGGGUAAUGGCACAUUUUUUACCCAGACAAAAUAUCGUGAAUUGUUUCUACCAAAAUCUAAGGAAAUUGCUGUGAGUAUGGCAAAUCACAUAUGUAAUCACAUUUGCCAUACCCAUAGAGACUGAUAUAAUUUUUUUGGGGGUGGGGGUUGCCUUGAGAGAUGAACCCACUGAAAAAAAUCAAAGGCAAAGGUGGAAUUGAACAUGAACUUUAAUUUGAACUGAAAUUUAAAAUUUCAUGUUUCAGUCAUUUCAAGUUAGUCUUGAUAUUCCCAUUUCUUGUCUUAUUUGAAUUGGUUUGCUGUUAAAGUGGAUUUUAAAUGUAAAAAAGACAAUACAUACCCAAUGUAUGCUGCCUGGAAGCUAAUUACAAUUUCAUCUUUAAUGGUUUAUUUGGGUAGACCUGGGAUAAGCCUGAUCGAACUGUAAAGUAAAAAGGUCUGAAGUCCAAAUGAGCCUCUCUUUGGCAAAUUCCGCAGUAGAAAAUAAAAUGAAAAGUUCAGGUAUGGGACCCAUUACCUGGAAACCCAUUAUCCAGAAAGCUCCAAAUUACA